GGACCGGGGGCGCUCGCCGCACAGCCCAGCCAUGUUCCUGCGCCGGCUCGGAGGCUGGCUCCCUCGCCCGUGGGGCCGCCGGAAAGCGGCGCAGCCUGCCCCUCCUGCCCCAGAGCCCAGAUGGGCGGAUAGCUCCCCUGAGAAUUCGGGGAGUGACUGGGACAGUGCCCCAGAAACCGUGGGAGACAUGGGAACCCCCCAGACCAGAGACUUGGGGACACUGAGGAGCUCCAGGGCUGCCCCAGAAGCAGGCAGGGAGCCCCAAGCUGAGCAGUCGGGGAGCAGAAGAAUGGAUUCCCUCAGGUGGAACCAGGCUGCAGACGGCACUCAGGAGUCAUGGAGACUAGAAGCCGGAGGAGCCAUUCCAGCGCUGCGGCGGGACCCUGUGGACCCAGAUGGUACCGGGAGACCCAGGGCACCCCCUGAGGGGGGACCCGGUGCCCCUGGGCCUGAGGCCUCGGUGGAGAAACCUGGCCAACGCCGGAAACUGCUACGCUGGCUGCGAGGGGAGCCGGGGGCUCCUCCAGGGGACCCCGAGGAGUGCCUGCAGAUCUCCACCAACCUGACCCUGCAUCUGCUGGAGCUGCUGGCCUCAGCCCUGCUGGCCGUUUGCUCCCGGCCGCUGCGCGCAGCCUUGGACGCGCUAGGGCUCCGGGGGCCUCUGGGGCUCUGGCUGCACGGGCUGCUGUCCUUCCUGGCUGCUCUGCAUGGGCUCCACGCCGUGCUGAGCCUGCUGACCGCCCACCCCCUGCACUUCGCCUGCCUCUUUGGCCUCCUUCAGGCCCUGGUUCUGGCCGUCAGCCUCCGGGAGCCCAGCGCGGAUGAGGCGGCCACUGGCUGGGAAGACGAGGGGCUGGGCCGGGAGGAAGAGGCGCAGAGGGGAGGCCCAGGGAAGGGGCUGGGGCUGGAGAGCGGGUAGCGCAGAGGGGAGCUGGUGCGGCCUUCAGGAGAAGACAGCCACAAGCACAGGGACCUCAGGGAUAGGAAGAAGCCCCCAGCGGGAGCCCACGAGCCUCCUCGCCAGGAAGACCAGAGCUGUGGGCGCCUGGGUCUGUGCGAGGUGGGUGUUGCCCUGGGCUCACCAGCUGUUAUCUUCGCUUUUGUAUUUCUUCCACCUCUAGUUCUUUCCCUCACCUCCUUUUAAGAAGGAAAAAGAGUGAUAGUAGGGACUAGAGGCCACAGGGGCCUUCUUCCCUCCAAACUCUCUAGGCGUAAAGUGGGGCCAGAGAGGCCGCACAGAGAGCUCUGCCGGGAUCCUGGGGUGUCCCUGGGGAUCCGGAACCCCAGGAGCUUAGAGGGCCUGCACUUGGGCCGCGGGGAGCAGGAUAGCUCAGGCAGCGUUGCCGAGGGCCAGCCCUGACGUGCUGCAGUCCAGACCAGCAGAAGGGUGCAGAGCCCACAGUCUCCACUGGACGCCAGGGGGCUGCUCACUCAGCAAUAAACACCUGUGUCACACUAAGCCCUAAAUAUACCACUACAUGUGA